CUGGAGGUGGCGGUAUAAAUAGGGAGCCGAAAGGGGCUGGUGUAGAUGCUGUUCGGGGUGGCUGGGUGAUGCAUGUGCUCAUUACUUCGGCGGGGUUUGCUGAGCGGCGGUGGAGCUCAGGCUGCUCGGAUCCGCUGAGCCCCCGAGGCAGUCCUUUUCUCUGGCCCGUUUAAGUCCGCGAUGGAGCAAGCGUCUCUGCUCAGCUUUGUUUUCCUGCUGUGCCUUGCGCUAGUGGCGUGUCGUUGUCCUCUGCAGUGUCUUUGCCCCCUCAGCCCACCCCAUUGUGCUCCUGGGGUCAGCAUGGUGCUUGAUGGCUGCGGGUGCUGCAAAAUCUGUGCCAGGCAGCUGAAUGACGACUGCAGCAAACACUGGCCGUGUGACCCCCACAGGGGGCUGGAAUGCAACUUUGGAGCGGACCCAUUGGCCAGCAAGGGCAUCUGUCGGGCCAAACAGGAAGGCCGGACAUGCCAGUACAAUGGGCGGAUCUACCAGAACGGUGAGAACUUCCAGCCCAGCUGCAAGCACCAGUGUAGCUGCAUGGAUGGUGCUGUUGGCUGCCUGCCCCUGUGCCCCCUGGAGAUGCCCCUGGCCUCCCUCAGCUGCCCUGACCCACAGCUGCUCAAGGUGCCCGGCCAGUGCUGCAAGAAGUUUGUGUGCAGCAAGGGGGCCAAGAGGUUUGGGGAGGUCUCCUUUGAGGGCAGGGAGACCAACAGCAACGAGCUUAUCUAUGUGGGCAAGGAUGGGCACUGGAAGAACCUGCCAGCCUGGGCACCUCUGUUCAAGGCCCAUUCGGUGCUGAGGAACUGCCUAACCCAGACUACAGACUGGUCUCCCUGCUCCAAGACAUGUGGCCUGGGUGCCUCCACCCGGGUCACCAACAACAACCCCCAGUGCAAGCUGGCCAAGGAGACACAGCUGUGUCAGAUCCAACCCUGCAGCCAGCCUGACUUCACCAAGCUGAAGAAGGGCAGGAAGUGUCUCCGGACCCAGAAGGCGCAAGAGCUGGUGCAUUAUACCUAUGCCGGCUGCAAGAGCCUCCGCAAGUACCAGCCCAGCUACUGUGGCUCGUGCCUGGACGGGCGCUGCUGCGUGCCCCUGCGCACCCGCACCCUGGUCGUGCCCUUCCACUGCCCCGAUGGGGACUCCUUCACGCGCAGCGUCAUGGUGAUCCACUCGUGCCAGUGCAGGCCGGCUCACUGCCAGCCCCUCAACAAGCCUGCCAUGCAUCCCCAGCACCGGCUAGAUGAAGACACACACAAGUUACUGGAGUGAGUCUUGCUGGCAGCCCAGAAUGGGCAAGGUCCUGGCGAUGGUGUGGCGGGAGGGAUGCCCCCUGCUCAAAGGACACUUUAAGGACUUGGAUCUCAGCCCUAGAUUGGGGGUCUCUAAGCUGAUGGGUGGAGGGCAGGCCUAGGGAGCUAUUGACCCCCAUGGCAGCCCCUUUCUAGCCUGUAUUUCCACUUGUGACCCCCCCCCCAUUUCCUAUCCCAUGGUGCCUCUUUCCACAUGUGCCCCUUCAUGUGCCCCACUUCCAUUACCUACCCCAUGGAACCCUGAUGUGCACCCCCACUUCCUCCUGGGGGUGGGAGUAUCUCACCACAUCUUCCCCCCCCCCCCCACCCAAUAUGCUGUCUGCCUCUACCUUGUGCACACUCACUGCCCCCUGGUGGUGAGCCCCCAAUGGACACCCUCUCCAUCCCUGGUGGAAGAGAGUAGGUGUCAUUUGAACCACAUGGGGGGCAAUAUACAACUGCCCCACCCUAUAAUAAUCCAAAGGGUUCUUCUCUCUCCCCCCAACCUCAUUAAAGCACUUUUAAUUAUACCCUGGAUGCCAGGAGCCAAGGGGUUGGUGGUCCCAUGGGAAGGAUGCAUAGGAGGGUGUCUAAAGGGUUUCAUGCCUGUUCUAUCGCCCCCUGCUGGGCUGUUUUGUACUCACAGGCACAGUAAUGUUGUACUUGCUGGGGGGGAGGGGGAGAAUUGUUUGGGGAAAUUGUUUUGUUUUUCUUUAGCACACACCCAGCUUCAAACUCAGUUUGGAGCGAUGGCUGUUGGCUUCAUAAGGAAGCCCCUCUCAUCUGUCACCCCUUCUUGCUGUCUUCCCCUCCUUGUUAAUUAACAAUGCCUGAUUUCUCUCUCCCCCUCCCGGGGGGGGGGGGGGACAAUUUAUAGUGACUGUCACAAUGAUUGAAAGUCCUUUCUCUCUCUUGCUGGCGGGUAUAAUUGCUUUGUAGGGGAAGGGGUAUCCCCAGACCCCCUGCAAACUCAUAUCUCCAUCAGAAUGUGUUUCUCUUUUCUUCCCCCCACUCAAAAAACAAAACAAAAAAAAAACUAGAAGGGAGUUUAGAAGCUGGUAUUCUGCUCCAGUUCCUGGGUGGAUAACUAGCUGCAAAUGUCAGAUCUGGAUCCACCAAACCCUUUAAAGUUUAUGGGGCUCUUCUGAACCACCCCACCAGCCCAGCUGUCUGUUCCCUGCUCCAGGAAGGCCAGUUCUCUGCUUAGUUUGGCUUAGAACAGGAAUGGCAUAUGAGGGGAGGGCAGCUCUGUUUCUCUCAUAAAUACCCUACCCCCUCAUCCUGCCACCAUCUCCCGAUCCAGAGGAGUUUAUUCAGGAUUCCCCCUUCAGUGCAUCUAACUAAGCUUGGCAGCAUUUGAUUUUAAUUUCAAUAGAUAAUGCUUGUUUGGGUUUUUAAAAAAAGACUUUUACAGUUGUGGGAAAUUAUGGAGGGGGAUCAGACAAGGGGGGUUAGAUGCUAAUUACAGUAGAUGUUGAGAUUCGAAAAGUUAACGGUGAACAAGCUUUAAAACACAAAUGGCCAACACCCCAUGUCAAACUCUACACAGGAAACUGCCUUAAAUCAAACUCAG